GUUCACUCAAGUAACAUCGUCAGCGUAGGGUCGUCCUGUUUUGAUUUGGCUAUUUCUGCUCCAAAUACACCAUCAUGUUUGUCAUAAAGAGAGACGGUCGGAAGGAGAAAGUGAUGUUUUACAAGAUUACAUCCCGGAUCAGCAAGCUUUGUUAUGGCCUCAACAUGGAAUUUUUGGAUGUGGAAGCAAUCACUACAAAGGUAAUCGGCGGCGUUUACCCCGGUGUCACUACGGUGGAACUGGACACCCUCGCUGCCGAGACCGCUGCUACCAUGACGACCAAACAUCCUGACUACGCAGUCCUCGCCGCUCGUAUCGCAGUGUCAAACUUGCACAAAGAGACCAAGAAAUGCUUCUCUGAUGUGAUGAGCGACUUGUACAAUUACGUCAACCCCAAGAAUGGCAAGCACUCACCCCUCAUCUCCAAGUGGACAUUUGACAUCAUUAUGGAACACAAAGCGAGACUGAAUUCUGCAAUUAUCUACGACAGAGACUACGAGUACCAGUUUUUCGGAUUCAAGACAUUGGAGAGAUCAUACCUACUGAAACUUGAUGGAAAAGUUGCUGAGCGUCCACAACACAUGUUGAUGAGAGUUGCUGUUGGAAUCCAUGAGAAUGACAUUGAUGAAGCAAUUGUGACCUACAACCUGUUGUCUGAGAAAUGGUUUACCCAUGCUUCACCGACGCUAUUCAACGCCGGAACCUGCAGGCCACAACUCUCAAGCUGUUUCUUGCUGACGAUGCAUGACGACAGCAUUGAAGGAAUCUACGAUACUCUGAAGCAAUGUGCCCUCAUCUCCAAGACGGCUGGAGGAAUCGGUCUCAACGUUCAUUGUAUCCGAGCAACUGGCAGCUACAUCGCAGGGACCAACGGAAACUCAAACGGUCUUCUACCCAUGCUAAGAGUGUACAACAACACAGCACGCUACGUGGACCAGGGAGGAAACAAGCGACCUGGUGCUUUCGCUAUCUACCUUGAGCCAUGGCACGCAGAUAUCUUUGACUUCUUGGACUGCAAGAAAAACCACGGCAAAGAGGAGAACCGCGCGCGCGAUCUUUUCUUUGGACUCUGGAUACCAGACCUGUUUAUGCGACGAGUUGAGCAGAAUGGCGACUGGUGCCUGAUGUGCCCAAAUGAGUGCCCGGGGAUGGCCGAUUGCUGGGGCAAAGAAUUUGAAGAACUGUAUGAAAAGUACGAGAGUGAAGGAAAGUUCCGCAAAAAGAUCAAAGCUCAGUACCUCUGGCAGGCGAUCAUACAAGCACAAACAGAAACUGGUACCCCGUACAUGCUGUACAAAGAUGCCUGUAACAGCAAGAGUAACCAACAGAACUUGGGAACGAUAAAGUGCAGUAACCUCUGCACUGAGAUUAUCGAGUAUUCAAGCCCAGAUGAGGUUGCUGUGUGCAAUUUGGCCUCGAUAGCUCUACCCAUGUACGUACGUCGUGAUCACACCUUUGACUUCAAGAAGCUCGCUGAAGUGACUGAAGUCGUCACAAGGAAUCUGAAUAAGAUCAUCGAUAUCAACUAUUAUCCAGUUCCAGAAGCGAAGAAGAGUAAUUUCCGUCAUCGACCCAUCGGUAUCGGAGUGCAGGGUCUUGCAGACGCCUUCAUCAAGAUGCGCUUUCCGUUUGAGAGCAAAGAGGCGCAAGAGUUGAACAUUCAGAUCUUUGAGACAAUAUACUACGCCUCGUUGAAGGCAAGCUGUGAGCUCGCCAAGGAGCUUGGUCCGUACGAGACGUACGAAGGAUCACCAUCAAGCAAAGGGAUUUUACAGUAUGACAUGUGGAACGUAACCCCAACUAAGCUCCAUGACUGGGACGCAUUGAAGGCUGACAUUGCCAAGUACGGAAUUAGAAACAGUCUCUUGCUGGCCCCGAUGCCAACAGCAUCUACAGCUCAGAUCCUUGGAAACAAUGAGUCCAUCGAGCCAUACACAAGUAACUUCUACACAAGAAGAGUACUCUCGGGAGAGUUCCAGAUUGUUAACCAACAUCUUCUGAAGGAUCUGACUGAGAUGGGAUUAUGGAGUGAUGAUAUGAAGAACUUGCUUAUUGCAAACAAUGGAUCCAUCCAGAACAUUGAUGAGAUCCCCGAUGAAAUUAAGCCACUGUACAAGACAGUCUGGGAGAUCUCACAGAAGACUGUACUAAAGAUGGCCGCUGACCGAGGAGCGUUCAUUGAUCAGAGCCAGUCUCUGAAUGUACACAUUGCAGCACCAAACUUCAGCAAGCUAACAAGUAUGCACUUCUAUGCAUGGAAACAAGGUUUGAAGACCGGCAUGUACUACCUCCGCACCCGCCCGGCCGCCAACCCAAUCCAGUUCACACUGGACAAGGCAAAGGCCAUCGCCUCUGCGAAAGCAUCCAUCGAUAAGGAAGUCACAAAGGAAGACGAAGACGUAAUCAAGGUGGACGAUGAAGAAGCUAUCAGGAAACUGAACGAAGCCGCCAUGCUCUGUUCCAUCGAGAACCCAGGAGAGUGUCUUAUGUGCAGUGGUUAGGUGAAUCGAGAAGCACCCCCUUCCCUCCCCCUACCACUACCCUAGCUUCCAGAUUGUACUAGUCAGCCAUGAUAUUCAUCCUACUUGAGUCCGAUUUCCCCUAUUUUUUUUUCCCCCUUGGGACAAUCAGGAAAAUUUUGAUAAAA